AUCACCGCCCGAGAACCCUCGCCGCGCCACUGUCCGGAGGCUCUCCCUCACAAUAACAACACGCGCGCGAUCCGCCUCCCUGCUCCGACCUCUCGCAUUUAGUGCCGGUAGCGUGUGCAGUGCCACCACGUGAACCUUUCUUCAGGAACGAUAUGUGAAUAACAAAGUCUUUGUGUCCGCUCCCAUUGGAGCAAUGCCUCGUUAUCGCACAGCGCGCAAAAUGAAAUAGUAAGAGUGAUCGGUAACCCCCGGCAUGAGGUCGGGGGAGGGCGAGGGCUCCGAGCUGGCGGAGUUCGGCGCGCGCUGGCCGCCGCCCUACGCGCAGGGCUACGGCUGGCGCUCCGCCACCCCCCAGCACCCGCCCGCGCACCACCUCGCGAGACAUUCGCGCUCGCAGCAGGAUAACCGUCAUACCAGCUACGAGGCGGAAGACGCGCGGGCGCGGGCGCGUGGUGGUGUGUACUACUCUCCACCAGGCACCUCAUACACUAUAGUGGAGCGGCCGGCUUCCUCGCACGGCCACCACGCGCCAUACUCGCAGCAUCACUACCCGGGGAAGCUUUCAAGAGCACCUUAUCUCGGGUCUUCAAAUAUUGCUAACAGUGCAGGAGCAACUAGUCUACGCAAUAGUACGAAUCAUCUAAGUGCAAAUGGGAAGAAGAGACCGAUAUCACCAGAGCAAGUACUCCGGCUGUUCGGUCAAGGGGGAGCCGCAGCGUUGGGCAAGGCCUUACCUCCGUCGCACCCACCGGCACCUUUGCCAGCACCUCUACCAGCACCAUUGCCAGCAAGGCGGCAUUCACCGGCUAGCAGUCCAAGCAGUACAACUCAUCAUGCUAUAUACCGGGGCGAGCGGGACAGGGAGCGGCCGUAUUCUUCCGGAGGUGCGCCACCGCCGCCGGUGGAGCCUUCCACGCGGACCGUUACUAUGAGCCGCGACCCUGCAGACUCGCAUGGCUUCGGCAUCUGUGUCAAGGGUGGGAAGGAAGCAGGUGUGGGUGUGUAUAUAUCUCGGGUGGAAGAGGGUUCGGUGGCGGAACGGGCGGGGCUUCGCCCCGGGGACUCCAUCCUGCAAGUCAAUGGGACUCCUUUCUCAGGAAUAUCUCAUGAAGAUGCGCUUAAAAUGUUAAAAUCAUGUCGGCAACUGACGAUGGUUGUUCGGACAGCGGGUGCAUUAGUGGGACGGGCAUCAUGUUCAUGGAUGGAUCGCUACGGGAGACCAGCUUCACCGCCAGCACAGCGACCCUUGCGGUCCGCUAGCAAAGAUCGCUCUAUAAGGAGGGUGGAUUUAUGUAUUGAACCGGGACAAUCACUGGGGCUGAUGAUCCGGGGCGGGCUGGAGUACAACCUGGGAAUCUACAUCACCGGGGUGGACAAGGACUCCGUCGCGGACAGAGCGGGUCUUAUGGUCGGUGAUCAAAUAUUAGAAGUGAAUGGACAAUCGUUUGUUAACGUGACGCACGACGAGGCGGUCGCGCAGUUGAAGUACCACAAACGUAUGUCUUUGCUCGUAAGGGAUGUUGGAAAAGUUCCCCAUGCUUGUACUGCUUACGGAGAGAGGGACGCUGCCCCCAGAAUAAGUGGCUGGGGAAAACGAAGAGGGGCAGCAGCGACCGCCGUGGAACAGAAAGCCAAGUCGCUGCUACCACAGAGCGACAUACCGGCGCUAGCUUACUAUAUGGAAGAGUACGCAUCAAGACGUCUCACUCCUGAUGCCUUUUUGACAGUGCUAAGAGAUCUGCUGGAUACGCCACAGAAGUAUUCCCUUUUGACGGAAAUUCGAGAAUUUCUGCUUCCGGAAGACCGUCCGCGGUUCGACGAACUUGUGUACAGACGCCCCGAGGAUGGAACGGACCAUCAUUUGAAGCGGGGGAGUGAGAGACAUAUGCUGCCUUCUUCCACAAUGCACGAACUUCAUGAUCCGGAGGUGCCGGCAGAAGUACCUCUGGUGGUCGACCACCGCUCGCCCUCCGAAGACUCCGGUUUGGGUCUACCACCCCACGACCAAGCUUACAGGAGCGGGCGUGCCUGGCGCGCUGGAGACCCGCCGCCACCGGACGACGAGCUGGAGCCUCCGCCCGAGGAGUUCGAGGAGGAGGGUGGACAUUCUAGAAGACAUUCAUCCCCAUGUAAUUCGAGAGAGGGCAGUACAACAGCUCUGCAUACGCAACAUUACGACGAUACUGAUCAGUGCGGCUAUCUCGAGGGACUGCGCUCAUCACUCGGUGGCUGGACGCAGAAAGUUAAAUCAUGGUACUGGGGACGACCUCUAGAAUUGGCCCACAAGUUGUCACGUAGCUUCGACAUGAAAGAAGAAGGUGGUGCUUUACUUGAGGAUCGAGGUGGGAUCCGCAGGCACCAGUCUAUGCAGCGCCUGCAACAUGGGGAAGCGCCGAUCGACGAAGGCAGAGCAGCGAGAGUCGUACCAGACCACCAUGGAAAUCUACACAUCUCUGUGAAGAAGACCAAACCUAUCCUUGGCAUCGCGAUCGAAGGUGGUGCCAACACUAAGCAUCCGUUGCCUAGAAUAAUCAAUAUACAUGAGCAUGGUUCAGCAUACGAAGCUGGAGGGCUGGAAGUGGGACAACUAAUUUUGGCGGUAGACGGGCAUCGAGUAGAAGGGAUGCAACAUCAGGAAGUUGCUCGACUCAUUGCUGAAUCAUUCGCGCAAAGGGAUAAACCGGAAAUUGAGUUUUUAGUCAUUGAAGCAAAGAAGUCGAACCUGGAACCAAAGCCGACAGCCCUUAUUUUUUUGGAGGCCUAACAUCUACUCUCCCUCCCCGCCAGCGACCCUCCAGCCGCGCUGGGCACCGCGAUGCCGGAGGUCGACCUCACCGCGCACACCACGGAAUAGCCAACUCUAACCUGCGCUGCCAUAUGCUCUUCUGAACGUCUUUUCGAAUCUGAACGCUUCUCGCGUUAAUCUUCAACUGUCAUUGGACACUCUCGACGCUAUAUCGACUUUAACGAAAACCUCGUGUGAGAGUGUCGAGCGAUUAGCGAAUUCGAUUUAAAAACGUUCGCUCUACAGAGGAUAUUACGUCGAAAUAGAUGAUGAAUGUUAAUAAAGUCAACUAUUCCUAUCCUGACGUUGCAACGGACUGAAAUGAGAAAAACGCAGGUAUCUAUUUUAAAGUAGGCUAUACAAAAUUAAUGGCACAAGGGAGGCGAAUAAACUUUAUAUUAUAAAAUUGAUAUUUGACAACAAUUACGCAGAAACUUGAAAAAAUAUUUUCCAAGUACACUGCCUAAAAACAUAACGGAAUAAAUUAAAUUUGUAAUAAAAACGUCCCACUUUUGCCCCUUUUGAAUUUUGGGAUUUUACGGAUAGUAUCAAAAUUUUUUGAAAUUCUUUUCUAGGAAGUAGUAUUACCAAUUUUACCGGUAGUCUGUGACUGAAUUUUAUAAGGAAAAUCAUACUUUUAACUAUUGUAAUUUAUGACAUCAAAUCAAAAUCACAUUUGAAUAAGUCACAAUUAAAAACUGCAGUUAGGCACGUCUGAUACAAUCUGCAAAUUAUUUAAUAGAAAUAGAAUUUGAAAAAACGAAGGUAACAUUAGAUGAGCUAAUAUGCAAUAGAUUGGCAUCGGUGCUAUGAAAACUAAACUUUCAACAGUCGAUCCUCGGAUAGUCUCAACAUGUAGUGGUCACUAGUUCGACGUGUAGAGCUUACUUCGGCGCGUACAUUGCAUGUCAUGGCGUCAUCGGUUCACUUACGUCAUCCAUGUGCCAUCAACGUUGCAGUCAAUUCAGAACAAAGCACUCGUGUCAUCUCAUCGCAGGUCGUUGUACCGACAGUAUAAGUACGAGUAGAGAAAAGCCCUAGGGGCCAUCAUCUUGUCAUCAGUAGAGCAGAGCUUGCAGCACGCGGCGCACUCCUAAGCAAGCUGUAUUACUAGUAUUGGCUUUUUACCAUUUUGAGAAUUUUAUCUGACUUUACAUUUUGCUUUUCUAUUUUGUUUUUUAUUCUAAAAUCACACCAAAUAAGAUUAAAAAUACUAAAUCAUUAGUAAUUUAUUUAUAUUAUUAGUCAUGUUAAAAAAAAUACAUUAAUUUCAUUUACUUAGUUCAGUUUGCUUAGCGUAUUAGAACUGAAAGUGCGCCAAACAUGUCAUUCCAUUGGUAGUUAAGCGGUGAGUUAAGGGAUUUAUGGCGGAGAGGGAUUUUAGCCCACUCUUCAUUUACUGAAUACGUAGAUCAUAAGUAAAUGUGUGCAGUAUAAUCAAUUUUUAUGUUAGAUGAUAGUUGAACAAAUUGGCUUUAUAUUAUAGUAGUUCGCAACUAAAGAAAACACAGUCGAAAAUCAUUUAUAGAAUUUUGGGAUUAUUAUUCGUCUUAAAAAUAAAAGAAAUAUACAAGUGAAUAAAUUAUUAAUUAAUCCACUAUUAUAAAUAU